GGAAGAAGAGAGUUCUAUGGAAUAGACGAUGAGAGAGAGAGAGCGAAUGUGUGGUGAGUGAAUGAGUGUGUAUUUCGAAAUCCAUUGAGCUGAAACAUAUAACAACAAGCAUAUCUUCACUCAUUCACUGGUUGUCUUUUGCACACACAAAACGUACGGGAGAAUACUAGUAGUACAUGCUGUUUGCCACAAAACAAUAUCAAAUGAGAAAAAGAGUGUGUGUGUGUACGUACACAGAGUGAGAAAAGUCUUAUGUGUGUAUAGAGUCAAAACAGUUUUCUCAAUUGAGUGUCGACGGUCAGUCAAUUGUGUAUCUUCAACGAAAUCAGUUGUUGUUUUUUGAUUGAGCUACAAAAAUUUAUUUCACUUUUUUGAGUUUUUAUGUUUUUUCGAAUUUCUCUUUUUACCUUUUUUAAAACAAACGUUUGAAGAAAAAAAACACUAAAGAUGUAUUCGAAUACAAAUUGUUGUGUUGAAUCGCGUGCUGUUAAAUGAACACUCAAUUUGGAAUUUAUAAUUGCAAUCGGUGCAAACUAAACACAUUUUGUUCGGGGUCCAAAACGUAUAUAUCUCUAUAUAUGUAUAUUAUCACAUUCUCUCACUCUCUCUUCCAAUCUUCGUCGUUUUAUACUUCAUUCAAGUUGUGGUUACUACGGUAAACAAAGUGUGCAACUUUAUAAUAUGGUAAAAAAGGAAACAAAAUAAAUGAAUUUUCCAAAUCGAACCGAAAAUCAAAUUUAAUUGUGGAAAAUUGAAAAUUGUAAUGAAAUGUUUCCAUUUAAACGACAAACAAACCGUAAAAAGAAAGCAAAUAAAGUAAAACAAAUAUAAAUAAAUAAACAAACAAACAAGAAAAAAAUUAUAAUACAACAGAGAAAGAAGCGCACAUCGAGUGAAAUGUCAACAAAAUAAAUGCUAUUGAAGUGAAAUCAGUCUGAAGUAUUUCUCAAAGUUGAAUAUCGUGCGAAUCGUUGGCCAAAGUCAAUGUGGUUUGAAUGAUACACACACGAAAAAAAUGAACAAGAAUUUAUUGAAUGCAAACGAUUUUUUCAACGAUUGAAACGGGCAAGCGGAUUGCGAAAACCGAUGCUACCAUUCGAAGUCCAAAUUAAUCGAUCAACAACAAAAAAAAUAGUUUCUCUUUUGUGUGUGACGAAACAGGUAACCAAAUUCAUUGAUGUCUAAUUAUUCUACAUUCGAUUGAGGGACUUCGAAAACUGAAGGAAAACAACAGUGGGAUAAUCUGUCGCCGUCACACUGAAUAGACUUUUUACAUCAUCCGAAAUUGAAAAUAUGACCUAAAAUUGCUUGCCAUUUAUCUCAUAAGUUUGGAUACAUACAUCAUACGCUGAAAAGACGAACAACUUGUAUGCUUGAGUGCAAUUUAUCGAGACUACUUUAAGCCGUUUAAAUCCUCAUUUUCAUUAUUCAAUUAAUGAAUUUCGAUGAAUACAUGCGUUUGCGUUGAAUAAAUCUAUGGUGAUAUCGAUUACAAGUUUGGGUGUCUUCAACAAUAAUAAUAAAAACAAGCCCGUGGAAGCUGAGUGAGAGAAAACGAAAGAAAACUGCAUCAAAGAAAAGGCGCAAAAAAGCAACACACACAAACACAUUGACGACAAUUCAAAGCAACAAUUAAAUGCAGAGAAGGAUUUUCAUAUAAGAACAAAAAAAAUGCGAUGAAUAAUAAAAAAAUACAGUGUAUGGUUUCGAGGCACUAGAGCAUCACAAAAUUAGUAUUGUUUAUGGAGUUUCUGUCAAAUGCACGAGCUAUAAUAGUUGUACAAUACACGGAAAAGGGAUUAUAUAAAUAGUGUUGUAGUUUUUCCAUUUGGAAAGUGUGUUGUUUAAACUGCGAACGAGAAAAGAAGAAAGAAAACGAAUCCACAACGAUUUUGUUUUUACAUUUGCGAUUGGGAACAGCGUGACCAAAUGAAAAUGGAAAAUUGGUUUUUAUACAAUAAAAUAUGCAGGAAUAUGAGAAAAAGUGUGUAAAGUUCAGUGAAUUUGAUACACAUACUUAAGGUUGGCGAGUGAAAAAAAUAAUAAUAGUGGUAACAACAGAUACAAGUUGCAAAAAUCUUUGAAUAGAAGAUACGCUGUAAACAAGAAUACGAAUGCAUUUGAAUUAUUAAACUUUGUGUUUUUUCGUUUUUCGUUCGUUUCUACUUCGUUGGACUGCAUUGAGCUGUGAGCACAAACAGUGUAAAUGUUUAUUGCACAGUAAGUGCAAAAAACACGCAAGCCAUUGGCUAGUUAGCAUAAUAGCCAUAAAAACCAAUAUUGUGCUUACACUUCGCUUGCUUUGGUCAUCUAUCUCUCUCUCGCUCUCGCUCUUGCGCGCACAUUGACUUCGACGGGUGUGUGUGUAUGUGUACGAGAGUCGCUGGAUGGUUACACAUUUUUCUUCAUUUCGUAUGAUUCGUGCCGUGCUUGUACCGAGCCCAGACUGAAUUAAUAAAUGUGUAACAACGAAAGAUGUUUACACGACGAAAUUGGCUUCUACGUUGCAGUAUUUUAAUAAAUAUUGCCGUACUUCUGUACAUUUGUAGUCAUUUAAUGAUAGGAAAUAGUAACAUAUCGCUUGGACCAGCAUUUGUGAUACAAGACGAUUAUGCAGUUAAAUCGCAACAAGCGGCUGCGCUUACGCGAUCAAAUGCAGCAACCAGUGCACAACAACAAACAGGUGACAAUGCACAUGAUAAACAGGAGCAACAGCCACAAGAUGCGGAACCAGAGCCUCCGAUAGAUAAUAAUGAUUCAAAUCAGAUGAGCGAUAAGGAUGGCCAAAAUGAAUUUGAUGCAGAUCCAGAGCAAUUAGCAUCCAAACAACGUUCACAAUUGAAAUUGCUGCCAAAAGAACAACAAAUAGUCAACGUUGCUGACGAUUCACAAUUACCGAAAGUACUGCAGUCUGACGUAUCACAAUCACAACCAAACAAAGUCAUUACAGAUGUUUUAUAUCCCGAAGCAAAUUUUGUGAAUGCAUCAGAUAUUCAAGUAAACACCGAAGAACACGAACUAGAAACAAGGCUGAAAUUACUAAUUCAUUGUCACGACAAAGAAUACGAAGCACAAACAGUGCAACGUAGCGACUUCUGGGUUCUAAAAAACUACAUUCGUGCUGAUCAUGGCGAAUUACGUUGCUUCCAAACGUUGACGUACACCACACAUGCCGACUACACAUUUUUAGAUAAUUUAAUACCAUUGCUUGAAAGAUGGAAUGCCCCAGUAAGUAUAGCAUUGCAUGCGCCUGGGACCGAUUUUCUACCAACAAUAAAUUCGAUUCGUUAUUUACGAGACUGUACACCAGAAUCGUCACUUGUUCGACAAUUUACCACAUUUCACAUAUAUUUUAGCAGUAAACACAUUCCAAAAGCGGUUCCAAAACAUGAUAAAAUAUUAGAAAUACCAUUUAAUUGCUCUGUGCUACCACCAUAUGCCAAUGUUAGUUCCAGCCAGUUAUAUAAAACGCAAAAGAAAUUAUUGUACCCGGUGAAUGUGGGUCGUAAUAUAGCACGCGAUGCAGCAAUGACACAUUUCAUAUUAGCUAGCGACAUUGAGUUAUAUCCAAAUCCUGGUUUGGCCAAAAAAUUUCUUGAAAUGGUUGCUCGCAACGAUGCACCGUUGCAACGAAAAAAUCCGAGAGUGUUUCCAUUAUCGUUAUUUGAAGUAGAUAGCGCAUCACAGGUUCCACGUGACAAAACCGAAUUACAAGAGUUACUGAAAUCUGGCAAAGCGAUACCAUUUCACAAACGUGUCUGUUCCUCAUGCCAUGGUGUGCCGAAAUCAAAAGAAUGGAUGGCUGCUAAUGAAACAGAUGAUUUGGGAGUGUUUCAUAUUGGCAAGCGUACCGGGUAUUUUGUGCAUUGGGAACCCAUUUACAUUGGAACACACGCCGAUCCACAUUACGAUGAACGGCUAAGUUGGGAAGGGAAAAGCGACAAAAUGACACAGGGUUACGCUCUAUGUGCAUUGGAUUAUGAGUUCCACAUAUUGGACAAUGCAUUUUUAGUUCAUAAACCGGGUAUCAAAGUGCUGAAAAAGGAUACAAAACGUGCCAUGCUUGCAGCUAAAACCAAUCAACUCAUUAAAAAAAUUAUUUAUCCCGAACUACAAGUCAUGUAUGGAUUGCGAAAGGGAUGCGCUGUAUAGUAAAUAAUGUGAAUAAAAUAAUAUUGUGAAUAUGCUCCCAAAAACUUGAAAUGAACAAGAACGAUCAUAGAUUAGUAUUGUAACCAUCACUUUUUACUAUUUAAAUCGGACACAUUCGGAAUUUUACAUCAACCAAAAUCAUUGUUUUUCAUUGGAAAAAAGUUCGAAUGAUUUUGUCACAACGCCCGCAACGCAGGGCAAACGAACAAACAAAAACAGUUAAAAUCAAAGACCGUAGGAUGCAACAAAUGAUUUACUAUUGGACAAAUCAAGCAUCAAAUGCCAUAUAUAUAGUAUUCAGAACAUAUAUCUCUAAGAGAAUGUUAUGAAAUAUUUGUAUAGUCAGCAAUACUCAGAGUUAAAUGAAUGUUUUCAGCAUGAUCAAAAGAAGAAGAAGAAGAAGAAGAAGAUGAAUAACUAAGCCUAAUUAUGUGAAUUCAAACAUUCAUUGAAAUGGCUUGAAAAAAAAAGAAAAGACAACAUGAAUUUGAAUUGAAAUAGGGAAUAAAACAGGAUCUGAAAAUAAGUAGUUGUAAACUAUUAAACAAACAAAAAAAACGAUAUUUAAAACGAAGUGAUAUUUAAUUUUUAAUUCAACAACUAAAUGGAUUUGAAAAUCAAUGAUUAUAUUACAUGUAUUG